UUAUGUAUAAAUAUGUGUGUAACCCCUAUCUGCAAAUUGAACAAGUACCCAAAUUACUGCACUUUGGUUUGUGAACUAUAAAUCAUUCCCAAUGGAAUCAAGCACUAUCAUCGCUCCAUCAAAAGAAAUUAAUGCUUUUGACUUCCAUUUGAUGCAUAAGGUGCCUGAACAAUUUAUGUGGUCAUCUAAAGCCUUAGAGAAAGGCAGUUCAGAAAAGCUGAAUACACCCCUCAUAGACUUGAAGGCCAUUAAGGGUGAUGAGGUUGCUAUGGCUAAUGCUGCAAAGCUUGUGAGGGAGGCUUGCAUGAAGCAUGGCUUCUUUGAAGUCACCAACCAUGGUGUAGACUAUGAUUUCAUCAUUUCUACUUAUCGGCAAUGCGACUCCAUUUUCAAGCUUCCCUUAAGCAAGAAGCUUAGUGCUAUGAAAGAUAAGUGGGGUUACUCGGUUGCUCAUGCAGAGAAAUUUUCUACCAAUUUGCCAUGGAAAGAGAUGUUUACUUACCGAUACAAUUACAUCCCCGCAUCUGAAUCACAUGUUGUUGACUACUUCAAGUCUAUGUUAGGAGAAGAAUUUGAACGUGUUGGUUUGGCGAAUCAGAAGUACUGUGAAGCUAUGAAGGAGGUAUCUGUGAGUAUUCUAGAGUUAUUAAGCAUCAGUUUGGGUGUAGAUCCUUUGUAUUUACAAAAAUAUUUCGAAGAUUGUGAAGCAAUAAUGAGGUGCAAUCGUUACCCACGUUGCGAAAAUCCUAGCAUCACCCUUGGCGUUGGCCCUCAUUGUGACCCAACUUCAUUAACCAUUCUUCAUCAAGAUCAAGUUUCAGGUCUUGAAGUUUAUGUUGAUGACAAAUGGCUUCCUGUUCCUCCUCGACCUGAAACUCCCGAUGCUUUAAUCAUAAACAUAGGCGACACUUUGAUGGCGAUGACGAAUGGGGUAUACAAAAGUUGCGUACACAGAGUUUUGGUUAACAAUAGGGUGGAUAGAAAGUCCCUUGUUUUCUUCUUAAACCCAAAAGGAGACAAAACACUGACACCACCAAAAGAGUUACUUGAGAAUGGAGAGCAAAGGAAUUAUCCUGAUUUCACUUGGGCACAAUUCUAUGAGUUUACGCAAGAGCAUCAUAGGACUGAUGCGGAUACUCUUCCAAUGUUCGUGUCAUGGCUUCAAAAUCAAAAGGCACUACCAUCCAACUCCAAACCCCUUUGGAAGUAAUUGAUUUGGAUCCAUCGAUGCUAGCUUAUGAAUUGAAGAUUGUAUUCAUCUUUGUUCAAUUGCUGGCACCACCAGAAAUCAGAAUAUAUAGCCUGUGUUCUUCAAUUCCUCAUCAGCAAGAUAUAGUUAAUUUUCUUAGUACACCUAGGUUUGGUCAAGUGGGUCGCAUAAACUAAGUAUAUACAUUGAUGAAGGUCAUGCUAGCUAGAUCCUGUUUCUACCUGUUCUUAUGGGUAACAAAGAAAAUUGGAUAUUUCAGUAAUUUCCUUUUAUUGUUUCUAUUAAUAAAACCCACUGUACUCGAAUAAUAUAAAUAAUGAAU